CCGAGUAUUCAAUUCAAUCCAUAACUCCCCAUCCUCUCUUCUUCUUCUCAUCCCUUUCAAUCACAAACAAUAUUCAUACAUUUUUCUUUUCACUUUUCUUCUCCAUUUUCUCACCAAAAUUCCCCUCCCUUUUCCGUUAAUCACCCCCCACUUUUACCGCUUCCUUCAAACCUCAAAUAUCUCUCUGUCUCUAUCUAUCUCCCUUCCUUUCCGUUUCCAUCUCUCAACAACAAUCUAGUUUUUUUUUUUCCUUCAGUUUCAAGAAAUUUUUGCUAGCUUUCAAUUCACAACAUUACCAAACCAAAAGCUAACAAAAAAAAAAACAGACAAAGUUAUAAAUAGAUUAUGACAAUGAGAUUUUACGGUUAAUUAGCUGUUUUUUUUUUCAUAGUCAAAUAAUAGAAACUGUUUUUACUUUUUCAACAUAUUUUCCAUUUCAAUUUCUCUUCUUUCUAACACUAGUUUCGUUUCCCAAAUUAAUCUUUACACCUUUUUUUUCUCUCCCUUUUCUGGGUUCUUGUUUUUCUCUGUUUUUUUUCUUCAGGGUUGGGAGAGAAGCUGAAAAAAACACACCCUCUUUUCCUCUUCCCUCCCUUCUCUCUCUCUCUUUCUCUCUCUAUCUUCUCUUUCUCUCUCUAAAGUCAUGAUUUUCAAUAAAGGCUCAAUGCAUUCUAACCUUGAUUGCUUCGUUCGGUGUACAACACCGGUUGUUCAAUCCCAGUUUCUACCUAAGUCUGAGAUUAAAAACCUGAACGGUUUGUGGCAACCGUGGGAAAGAGAAACAAUGGAAUAUUUUACCUUAGGUGAUUUAUGGAGAUGUUAUGAUGAAUGGAGUGCUUAUGGAGCUGGUGUUCCAAUCACGUUAACUAGUGGAGAAACACUUGUUCAAUACUAUGUUCCUUAUCUUUCUGCAAUUCAGAUUUUCACUAGCAACACUUUCAGGGAAGAGACGGAAUCGGGUGAUUGCGAGACGAGGGAUUCAUGCAGUGAUUCUUACAGUGAUGAGAGUGAAUGUGAUAAGUUAUGGAGAUGGGAUGGAACUUCAUCAGAAGAAGGAUAUGAACAAGAUUGUCUUUGGCAUUUGAAUGAUAGAUUGGGUCAUCUUUAUUGUCAAUAUUUUGAAAGAUCAAAUCCUUAUGGAAGAGUACCUCUAAUGGAUAAGAUAUCUGGAUUAGCCCAAAGAUACCCAGGGUUGAUGUCACUAAGAAGUGUGGAUCUUUCACCAGCAAGUUGGAUGGCUGUUGCUUGGUACCCAAUAUAUCAUAUUCCUAUGGGAAGAACAAUUAAAGAUCUUUCCACAUGCUUCCUUACUUACCACACACUUUCAUCUUCAUUUCAAGGGAUGGACCUUGAUGAUGAUAUUGAAGGUGGCCAAGAAAAGAAAAAGGAAGGAGAAAACAUCUCAUUGCCAGCCUUUGGAUUAGCAACAUACAAGAUGCAAGGUGGAAAUGUGUGGGCAGGAGGAAAUCGUGGUCGGGACCAAGAAAGACUUGUGUCACUAUUAAGUGUAGCAGACUCAUGGUUAAAGCAACUAAGGGUUCAACAUCAUGACUUCAAUUAUUUCAUGGGUAUUCGACAUGGCUAAAAUUAUCCACAAAAGGGAUAAAUUCCACUACUCAAAAAAAAAAAAAUCCUCCUUUUCUUAGUUUUUUUUAUUAUUUGUCUAUGCACUUUCUUGGACCAUUAAUUGCUCCUUUUUUUUUUGUCUUUAAUUUAUUGAAGGGGUGUGAGAAGAAUAUUAAUGAGGAUAUGUAUGUAAUGUAAUAGUAGUAGUAGUAGUAACCCUUGAGAGCAUUUUAGGACCAACCUUGAAACCCCUUUAAAUGUAAAGGGUGGUUGAUGAAUUGAGUUGUUUUAAUAGAUAGACUUUAUACUAGUAUGUUCUAAAAGGGAAUUGGAGAGAUGGGUAUGGGAGUGAGGGAAGGAGGGGUCAUGAGAGGGACACAAGUGAGAAACUAUAGCCCUUUGAACUCCUUUGAUAUUGUAUAGUAUUAAUGAUUGUAUUGUAUUAUUUAAAAAAAAAUCAAAAUACAAACAUCUUAUUAGAUAGUGUAUAAA